UGGGUGGGGGUGGGGGUUGCUCAGAACCUCGACAAUGGACCGAGUUUAUGAAAUUCCUGAGGAGCCCACCGUGGAUCCAACUUCAUCUCUGGAGGAAGAUGUCAUCCGUGGGCCCAACCCUCGAUUUACCUUUCCAUUUGGGAUUCUCUUCUCCACCUUUUUGUACUGUGGGGAGGCUGCAUCUGCCUUGUACAUGGUCAGAAUCUACCGAAAGAAUAGCGAAACCUACUGGAUGACAUACACCUUAUCCUUCUUUAUGUUUUCAUCCAUUAUGGUCCAGUUGACCCUCAUUUUUGUUCACAGAGAUCUGGCCAAAGACAAGCCGCUGUCAUUGUUUAUGCAUCUAAUCCUCUUGGGACCUGUUAUCAGAUGUUUGGAGGCCAUGAUUAAGUACCUCACACUGUGGAAGAAAGAGGGGCAGGAGGAGCCCUAUGUCAGCCUCACCCGAAAGAAGAUGCUAAUAAAUGGCGAGGAGGUGCUGAUAGAAUGGGAGGUGGGCCACUCCAUCCGGACCCUGGCUAUGCACCGCAAUGCCUACAAACGUAUGUCACAGAUCCAAGCCUUCCUGGGCUCAGUGCCCCAGCUGACCUAUCAGCUCUAUGUGACUCUGAUCUCUGCAGAGGUUCCCCUGGGUAGAGCUGUGCUAAUGGUCUUUUCCCUGAUCUCUGUCACCUAUGGGGCUACCCUCUGCAAUAUGUUGGCUAUCCAGAUCAAGUAUGAUGAAUACAAGAUUCGCCUUGGGCCGUUAGAAGUCCUCUGCAUCACCAUCUGGCGGACAUUGGAGAUCACUUCCCGCCUCGUGAUUCUGGUGCUCUUCUCAGCCACCUUGAAACUGAAGGCUGUGCCCUUCUUAUUGCUCAACUUCCUGAUCAUCCUCUUUGAGCCCUGGGUUAAGUUCUGGAGGAGUGGUGCCCAGAUGCCCAAUAACAUUGAGAAAAAUUUCAGCCGGGUUGGCACCUUGGUGGUGCUGAUCUCCAUCACCGUUCUCUAUGCGGGCAUCAACUUCUCUUGCUGGUCAGCUUUGCAGUUGAAACUGGCAGACAGGGACCUCGUUGACAAAGGCCAGAACUGGGGGCACAUGGGCCUGCACUAUAGUGUAAGGUUGGUAGAGAACGUGAUCAUGGUUUUGGUUUUCAAGUUCUUUGGAGUCAAAGUGUUACUGGAUUACUGUCCUUCCUUGAUUGCUUUGCAGCUCAUCAUUGCUUAUCUGAUUUCCAUUGGCUUCAUGCUCCUUUUCUUCCAGUACUUGCACCCAUUGCGCUCACUUUUUCCCCACAACGUAGUGGACUACCUCCAUUGUGUCUGCUGUCACCGGCACCCUCGGGGCAGGAUUGAGAACUCAGAGCCAUCCCGUGAUGCUGAAGCAAGGCAAAGCAUUGUCUGAGAUUCUGUCUUCUGGGUCUUUUGGGAUAGGCUGGGGGUGGCCAAGAGCAACUUUGAAACUGAAGGAGAGGAUGAGGCUCAUAGGUGAGUACCCACUGGGACAUUUUCUUGAAUUUUCUGGUAAGCCUCUAAGAAGAAAGGGCAGCUCCCAAAUAGGAUUUAUUUCCUUAAGAUUGACUGCUAUGUUUGGAAACCCAGGGUAGCUACUAUAAACCAAGAAGGGUCAGAGAUACUGUGAACACCCCUCCCACCCAGGGCAGCUGUUUGGCUGCCCUAGGGGAUAACUUACCUCCAAGCACCUUAAGCUCUCUGGAUGUGAUCUUGUAGCUCUGCUCAUUUGCUCCAGGGCAUUCCUGAGCUUUCCUAGGGCUGAGAUGAGGGCCCAGAAUUCCACCAGAAUCUGAUCAGAGGAUGUGACAACUUGCUAAUUAUGGGUACCUCCCAGGAAACUGGCUGAUUAAUGUGGAAUUGUAACUGUAAGCAUGGCUGGGUUUUUUUUGUUUUUUUUUUUAAAUCCACUGAGAAACUGUGGUUUAAGAAGCAAACCCCCACUACUAAAAGAGCUGCUUCCCAAACAAGUUAGCUUUCCAUUCAGAUUUUACUAGUGAUCAUUCAUCAAAGACCUCUCUUUUCAAGCAGCCCUUCCUAGGCACACUCCGAGGAGGGAGUGUGGAGUAGGAUUCCUGCAGGGCAUAAGCCAGAAUGACUCUUUCUCAGGGACCUGCAGGGGCAUCCAGCUUGUGGAAUGGAGUGGU